AUGGAUCGGGCGACAUCCCUCGGCGCUGUGGGCGGCCGACCUCUGGGAACGCUGGUGCCGCCGGAUGACCUACACAGGCAAGUGCAGAAGGCUGCUGCUGCAGAUCUGACUCUUCGACUGAGGCCUCAGCUUGAGCCUUCGCAGAAGGCAGCGGAGGAGCGGCUCGCGGCUCUCCAGCGUCAAAUGACGCUGAGGCAACGGGACAACCUCCGAGAGCUCAACGAGUUGAAGCGCAAGAAUGAGCAGCUGGAGCGCGUUCUCUUAGAGAGGGAGCGGAGGUCGAACCUGGCACAGACUCUGCUGGCCCGGCUGGGUGCCCAGGCCGAUGAGGAGCUGAAUGGGAUUGGCCUCCAGCGUGCAUGGUGGGUGCGGCAACGGGCGGAACUCCUCAAGGACCUGCGCCCCAUGGGCCGUCUACCGCCCUGGAAGCCGACCAGCUACGCCGUGCUGGUGCGGCGGGCAGUGACGAGGGAGCCCGAAAGAGAGCCACCAAGAGAGAUCUCGCGGGAAACUUCCCGAGAGAUUCGACGGGAGCCGACGAAGGACCAUUGCAGUGAGCCGCCAAAGGAGAUGCCGAUGGAUCUACUGCGGCUGCCGCCGAGCGAGCCCGAGGAGGACAGUGAAGGAGAGCCGCCGAAAGAGAUGCCCAGGGUUCUGCUGGGGGCGUCGCGGAGAGCAGUGGAGCAGGAGGACUUUUUCGGAGAGCCGCCCAAGGAGAUGCCAAAGGUUCUGCUGGGGGCGGCGCGGAGCGUGGAGCAGGAGGACUGUUUCGGAGAGCCGCCCAAGGAAAUGCCAAAGGUUCUGCUGGGGGCGGCGCGGAGAGCGGAGCAGGAGGACUGUUUCAGAGAGCCGCCACUGGAGAUGCCGAUGGAUCUACUGCGGCCGCCGCCGAGCGAGCAGCAAGAGGACUUUUUCGGAGAGCCGCCAAAGGAGAUGCCAAAGGUUCUGCUGAGGCCGGCGCGGAGCGUGGAGCAGGACUUUUUCAGCGAGCCGCCGCUGGAGAUGCCAAUGGAUCUACUGCGGCCGUCGCCGAGCGAGCAGCAAGAGGAGAUGCCAAAGGUUCUGCUGAUGCCGCCGCGGAGAGUGGAGCAGGAGGACUGUUUCGGAGAGCCGCCAAAGGAGAUGCCAAUGGACCUACUGAGGCCCCCACCGAGCGAGCAGGAGGAGUCUGAAGCCGUGAGCUGCCCGGGAAGCAGCUACCACUCCCUGAGCGAGUGA